CAAAUUAAAGCGUAGGAGAGAAAUCAAUUUAGUUUAAUUACAGCGCUAAUAAAGAUCGGGUGCGAGCUGCAAUACGUCCGUCCGCCGCUCGUAAUAUAAUUUCUAAAGUAAAUUAUUGAUGUAACUGGACUGUGAAAUUUGAUAAGCGCUGUUCUACAAACAAAUCGAACAACAGCAUUAGAAACAAAGGGUACAACGAGUGCAGUAAACAAAAACGAACGAGAUAAGCAUAAAAGCAGACAAAAGAGUUCAUCAUACACACACACACUAAAAUAGUUUGCACUGGUGUGUGUGGAACUCGAUACAACAGCAUAUUUGCAGAAAAAGCGAAAACACGUACAUACUUGUGUAUUCAACAAAAAAACGGCUGCAAAAUAGCAGAUACAUUGUAAAUUACGCCCUCUUUGAGAGUUGGUGCGAGCGGGCUACUAUCCGUGGGCCGGUCAGUGCUCAAGUUGUAAGGGAACUGGUCAGUCAUGGCGCAAGAUGAUGAACAGCCGAUCGUUGGCUCCGAAGUAGCUGUACCGGAGGAGGAGCAGCCGACAACGGGAUCUAAUGCAGCGGAACGUGGACGCCAAGACAAUGAACUGGAUCUGCACUCGGGCGGCUGCAGUCCCUGUUGCGUGCCAUCCAGCACCUGCCAUCGCUUCUUGGCGUUGAUCUUUAUGUGCCUGCUCGGCUUUGGCUCGUAUUUCUGUUACGACAACCCUGGAGCCCUGCAUGCCGAUUUCAAACACGAUCUGGACAUUUCUGAGACUCAGUUCACGCUAAUCUAUUCGAUCUAUUCGUGGCCUAAUGUUGUGCUGUGCUUUAUUGGUGGUUUCCUAGUGGAUCGUCUGUUUGGUAUACGACUGGGAACGAUCAUCUAUAUGUUCAUUCUUCUAAUCGGUCAGCUACUCUUCGCCAGCGGAGCUUUAUUGAAUGCUUUCUGGCUGAUGAUCAUGGGCCGCUUCAUCUUCGGCAUUGGCGCUGAGUCAUUGGCUGUGGCACAAAACAGCUAUGCUGUGCUCUGGUUUAAAGGGAAGGAGCUGAAUAUGGUUUUCGGUCUCCAGUUAUCUGUGGCACGUUUUGGCAGCACAGUCAAUUUCUGGGUCAUGCAGCCAAUCUACAAGUAUGUCAGCAACUUCUACCAUGAUCACACCGCACUCGGAGUGGUUCUGUUGCUGGCGACGCUUACCUGCAUCAUGUCGCUCAUUUGUGCCCUAAUUCUCGGCUGGAUGGACAAACGUGCCGAACGAAUUCUGCAAAGGAACAACAAUCCUAGUGGCCAGAUACCCAAGCUGACGGAUGUGUUCACAUUCAAACCGCCUUUUUGGAUGGUGUCCAUUAUAUGUGUGGCCUACUAUGUGGCCAUUUUUCCCUUCAUCGCGCUGGGCCAGGGCUUUUUUGUGGAACGCUUUCACUAUACGAAAGAGGAAGCCAACAACGUCAAUGCUAUGGUUUAUCUGAUUGCUGCGGUUUCAUCACCACUCUUCGGUUUUGUGAUUGACAAAGUGGGACGGAAUGUGACCUGGGUGAUGGGCGCCACAACGACCACCAUUGGCGCGCAUGCACUGCUUACAUUCACGCAAGUAAAUCCCUAUGUGGGCAUGACCAUAAUGGGCUUAUCAUAUUCCAUGCUGGCUGCUAGCCUUUGGCCAUUGGUGGCGCUCAUCAUUCCAGAAUAUCAGCUUGGCACCGCCUACGGUUUCUGCCAAUCCAUACAGAAUCUAGGCCUAGCCUCCAUAACCAUCGUGGCGGGCAUCAUUGUUGACAAGAGCGAUGGCACCCAUAUGUGGGUGGAACUCUUUUUCAUGGGAUGGUUGACAAUUGCGCUGAUCUCUACUUGUGUCAUUUGGGCCUACGACAAGAAGCACCGCGGAAAUCUCAAUAUGACGCCACAGCAACGCGCCCAGUUCGUCAGCGUGACUAACUAUCAGAAUUUCGAAUAGACUAGUGCGCCAGAGAUGGGGAUGGAGUCAAAGAAGUGGGUACCAGCAGUUUUUAUCAUAGUUAGGCGCAUUUAUUUCAUGCGGGCAACUCGAAAUUAUGGAUCUUGUCUACGAUGAUGUGAUGAAGUGUGAUGUGCGCAAUGUGUCGCAAAUUGGUAUUUACAAAUAAUACGAUAAAUACUAACUGCAAUUGUUUGUGAAAUUGAUGAUGAUGAUUAUUAUAUACAUCUAUUUUACUUUAAUGCUAUUAUAUUUUUAGAACAAUUUUAUCAAUACAGUUACUAAAAUGAAUGUGUUUUUGUUGAGCAGCCGGAGUGGAACUGUUUUACAAAUUAAAUUCCCGUACCCACAUAAGUAGAUCUUUAACAAAAAUAAAAAACCAAUUGCAUAUAA